AAUAACACUAAAGCAACACCAGUGAUGUUCAAUGAUAUAUUUGAAUAUCAACCACAAGAUUUAGAAGGUCCCCAAAAGACAGAAUUGUCUCAGGUAGACCAACCUACAUCCCAGAUAGCAGAUAAUUCACAAAUUUCGUCGGAAUUAGAUGCUUCUAAAGAGUCAGAGGAAAUUGCUGACGUAACCAACCAAGAUACAAACAAAGAUACAGGUAAAUUGGAUGAUUUGGAUGAUUUAGUUUUGGGACAUACAACAUCUGGGACCUCUGAGGCACAUGUAUCCUCAAGCACACACGAAGAAUCUACUGUUGAACCUGAAGCUAACCAAGCUAUGAAUGAUCCAUCCUUGAAUUAUCAUUAUUAUUCUACUGAGCAAGAUUAUUCAUAUGACUACGGAUAUGAAAAAUGGAGCACAAACGAUUCAGUCAACCAAUAUCAAACUUAUGAAACUUCUCAAGUUGCAGCUGGCAUUGAGGAUGUAAAUAACCAGCAUACUCAAUAUCCCUCGGUUGACACCCAAGAACAUUCAUCUGAUACAUAUACUCAAUACGAUGGAACUAAUACCAGUAAUUUUAACUAUCCUUACACCGGACACAGUACUAGUCAAUCGACAAUCGAUGGAAUAUCUGGAAUUCACCAAUCUAUCCAUCAGUAUCCAAACUAUGAUUCAAAUCAAUCUACAGUUGUUAAUACACCACCGCCACAAUCUUAUUCACCAUUUUCGGCGAAAGUUGUUCAAUUUAUACCCUGUUUAUAUCCACAAUGUGCGGGAUCUGCUGUUAUUUCAGUACUUCCAGUCGCUUGCGUGGAAGAAUACUGCUCGCCGUAA